AUGCCAAUUUUUGCUGGUGGAAAAACAAGGUUUCAACCGGUUUAUGUAUGGGAUUUGGCAAAGGGGGUAAUUAAAGCAGAUCAACAAUUUGAAAAAUUUAAAGGAGAAUUAUUUGAGAUUGGUGGUCCUAAAAUUUACACUUAUAAACAAUUAAUCCGAUUAACCUUAACUCAAGCUGGAUUACGACGUCCAAUCAUUUCAUUACCCUGGUCAAUUGGUUAUUUACAAGGUUUAUUAAUGGAACAAUUACCAAUAAAUCUAUUUACCAUAACUCGUGAUCAAAUCAAAUUACUCCGUAAAGAUAAUGUUGUUGAUGGUAAUGGUGUGUUGACUCUACAUGAUUUAGGAAUUGAUCCAACUCCACCCGAAAAAAUAUUGUACACGUAUUUACGGAAACAUGAAAUUAAUGCUAAUACACAAAACAAACGUACACAUCGCCCAAUCGAUAGAUCAAUAGAACAAGAAAUAGAAGAAGUUAAUCAGAUCAUUAAGGAUAUGCCCAAAGAUGCUUUAAAUAAAGAAGCUGAAUAUAGAAAAUUACAUGAAGAGAUUGAUAAAAAAAGAUCAAAUGAGAUAAAUAAUCGUCAAACAGUUGUCACGUCAAGUAUAGUGGUUCCUUCAACAUCUGCAGCUAGACGAAAUAGUCGUCAAGACACUUUGCCUAAACGGCGUGCAAGUAAUGAUAUGACUAGGCAAAAUUAUGAAGAGAGCAAGAGACCACGUUUAGAUAUGAAUAAUUCUGAAUUAAAAAAACGUGGGCAAAGAAUGUUUGGAGUUUUGUUGGGCACAUUAACAAAAUUUAAAUCUGAAAGUCAAAAUAAGAGCGAGGCUGAAAUUAAACGAGAACAAAUUGAACAAAAAUUAAAAGAAAAAUUAAAGAAGGAUCAUGAAGAAUUGGUAGAAAAAAUGAAAAGAGAAGAGGAAGAGCGUAAAGAAAAAGUGGCUAAAGACAAAAGAGAAGCAGAACAAAAGAGAAUAAACGAACUUCGAGAUUGUUGGACAACUCAGAAAAAAAAUCUAGCAAACUUUCUUUCUACCGCCACGGAACCGUCUCUUUAUUAUCUUCCAGCUAGAUUAUCCCAAGUCAUGUUAGAAACAAUAGCUGAACAAAAACGUCAAUUGGCAUUGGCUUCGCAAGAUGAUGAUGAUUCUGCUGACAUUAACGUUGCUAAUAUUGCUUCCGCUGAUAAUAACAAUAAAAAUAAUGACGAUGAUGACGAGGAUAUGAACAAUGAUGAAGAAGCUAAUUUAGCAACAAAUUCUACACUUAAUGAAUAUGAACGUAAAAGACUUGAAAACAUUCGACGCAAUCAAGAAAUUCUUAAUAAACUAAGUAUUCCAGAGUUUGUUAACUCUUUAAAACCAGCUAAAAGGUUAAAACCAGAUUAUAACAAAUCCAAAAAGGCUGUUCAACCCAAAAUACCAACUCAACCAACUAGAAAAUCAUUACGUAUACGUGGUAAAGAACCCGUUGAUCAAGAAAACAAAAAAUCUAAUGUAAAAGAAGGUAAUGAUGUCGAUAAUGGUACAAAUAAAAGAAAAACCAGGAGUUCAUUGUAUCCAAUGGUGGAGGAGAAACGUGUUGUUCGAAGGGGUGAUUUAGAAUUGGAUAUAAUUAGAUCUGAUGAAACUUCUAAAGACGAUACUAAUAAAUUUAUAGCAAUUUUAUCAGAUUUAUCAAAAUAUAAAGAAGAUUUUAAGGUGGAGAUUGUAAAAAAUGUAGAUAUUAAUUAUGAAAAAAUUCCAGGUGGAACUGGUGGAUUAGAAUCAGUUAGAUCAACGUACAGAUCAUUUAGCAUAAAAACUUAUUGGCCAUCAGUCAAGGUUACCUACGAAAGAAUCUAUGCUAUGGCCAUUCAUCCGGCAAUUGAUAAAAUACUGGUAGCAGCAGGCGAUAGAAAAGGCACAUUGGGCUUCUGGGAUGUAAAUGAUAAAGAAGUGAUUAAAAAUGAACCACAUCCGAGGACAUAUAGUUUCAAUGCUCAUUCCGGCCCAAUCUCUUCAAUUAAGUACUCUCCCGUCGACUCAAAUUGUCUUUACUCAUGUUCUUACGAUGGAACAAUCCGUUAUUUGGAUCUUAACAAUCCCAAAUUUGUCGAAGCGUUUGUAUCCAAUUCGACAUACACUAUAAAUGAUUUUGACAUGGAUAUGUACGCCAAAAGAAUUAUCUUUGUAACUAAUAAUGGAUGGAUUGGUGCUAAAGAUGUUCGCGAGUCAUUAUCUAAAUUUGUUGAGUUUGAUAUUCAUGAUGGUAGUAAGGUUAAUUGUGUCUCGUUGAACCCAACUGACCCCAAUCUAUUAGUCACAGCAUCACUCGAUAAAACUGUUAGGUUAUGGGAUAUUAGAAAAAUGAAAUCAAGUGGACCAGCCGAGCUCCAGAUCUUUAACUUUGGUAAUUCUAUGACCAGUGCUAAAUGGAGUCCUGAUGGCAGUCAAGUUGUUUCAACAGGGUUUGAUAGUUUGAUAAGGAUAUUUGAUUUGAAUGAAGAAAAACAUUUGGAGGAAAGAAUACGUAUUCCACACAACAAUUUCACUGGAAAAUGGGUUACAAUGUUUCGUUCAAUUUGGAAUCCCAAUGCACAAUUACAUCCACACUUUGUUGUUGCACCAGAGUCUGAAUGUGUUUCCAACAAACCAAUUGAACUUCAUAUCUAUUCACCCAAUGUUCCUGACUUGACUUUAAUAGAUUUUCCUGGUUACAUUCAAGUCACAAAUAAAAACCAACCUGAAACUUUAAAAGAAAAAAUUGUUGAAUUAUGUGAGCAAUAUAUCAGAGAGCCAAAUAUUAUAUUAGCAGUAUGUUCUGCUGAUAUAUAUUUGGCAAAUUCAGAAGCUUUAAAAGCUAUUGAACCAGAAAUUGGUGCAAGUAUAUUAAGAAACACCGAUUAUCCAUUACAUCUAGGUUAUAUUGGUAUCCAAAUUGGUACUGGAACUUUAUGUAGGAAACUUAUGGAAGUGUUGGAGGAAAAUAUGGCAAAAUCAUUGUUUUCAAUUGUUUCAGCAGUCCAAUCAGAAUUAGAAGAGGCUUGUUAUCAAUUUAAAGUGCAAAAACCUCAAGUUAGAAAUGAAAUACAUGCUAUGUUAGAGCAGAGAGUGCUAGAUCUUUGUGCAGAGUUGUAUUGGACAGAUAAAAGGAUUGUUGACUUGCCAAAAACACCGCCUAAUGAUCUUUAUUGGUAA